AUACUCCCCACUCUUCGCUCGCUGCCACCCGCCGUCCUUGCUCUCGCCCGCCACCCUCUUGCGUUCUGCCCCUGUCGUUGUUUUGUAAACCUUGAGUUGUUGCCGGAUUUGCUUGUCACGCGCACCCCGCCGUCUGCUCGCUCGCCUUGCCUUUCUCGGCUCGCAAGCCCGCCAGUCGCCGCCCACCUCGCUUGCUGUACUAAUGGACCACUCGCCCGUCCCUUUCCCCACGUUGUCUCUUCAGAGCGAAGAGACUCACAAUACUGACACGCGCCCGGAAAACCCACGGAUCCAUUCCUCUCCUUCACUCCCUAACAUUUGGGUGCCGACCCAACAUGGUUCCGCACCGCCACACAUCGCGCAAAGGCUGCAGGCGCGCUAUCGACCCCAUCUCCGACCUCUCGACCUUGCCGCCGCGCCGACGACGCCGACAAAAAGUCAAUACCCUUCUUCAGGCAAGCGCAGCACCUCAGGUUCGCCCUGCCGCCCUGCGGCGCUGCUCACGCCUCCGUUGACGCCGUCAUCGUCCUUCGCCUCUAAUGCCCAUGACGGGCCAUCCACCCCGCCGGAAGCCAACUCGCCAUUGCGCUGGGUUCACAACAUGCCCGACUCCCCGACGGCGCUCAAGGGACACACAUCCCUCCCGCACGGUGGCUACCUCACUCCGUCGAGUGCGCGUUCGCAGUCCAUGUCGUCCGACUCGGGAUACGCGACGUCGUCUGCGAGCGCUCGCCCGGACGUUAUGUGUGGCCUGGAGACGGGUCUUGGCAGUGUUGAUAUCACCCCGCGCGACGAGAGGCAGGCGGUCCUGGGCACCCCUGUUGUCCCGGGUGACGUCGCCUCGGUCCUGUCACCAUUGCUUGACUUCGGCGAGACUCGUGAAGAGACCCAGUCCAGCCAUUUUCUGCUCGUUCGUAAUAUUCCGCUGGCGGCACCGUCGGCGAAACUUAAGGAUGUAUUCGCGUCCACGGGCGAUGUCAAGGGGAUAUGGGUUCGAUUCCAGGAGACCGACGGCAUUGUGAUCCUUGCGUACUACGACAUUCGUCAUGCUGUACGUGCGAGGCGCCAGAUCUCGAGUCAGGCUAUGCACGGCCUGGAAGGAGUGCGUCUAGAGGCGAUAUUUAUCGCUCCCGAGGAACUUGAAAAGAUGACUGGGAAAUCGGCAUUCGUCGACGAGACGGAUGGGACGCUCUACGUGUCUUUCGAAGACAGACGCUUCCAGCCUUCUUCCCUCCAAAACGUUCUAUCGUCGUUCGGGGAAUUACUGUUAUUCGAGGCGACCGAGCCUCAGGCUCAGGUCUAUCAUGUUGAGUUCUAUGACGUCCGGGACGCCGCAAACGCCUAUAGGGCUCUGAACGACCGUACUUUCAUGGGGGCGCGUCUGCGGCUAUAUAAGAAGUCGACUCAGCUGGAGUCGCUGCCCCAGCCUCAGGCUCCUUCGCCGUACCAAUCUCGCUCUCCAUCCAGGCCCUCAGCAUAUUCCCUGGCGGUCCCGUCUGCAGAAGCCUCAGUGCAGAUCGACAGAGAGAUGCGUUGGACCGAAGGCCGUGUGCGUCCGCGCAGCGUCAGUGCGAGCGAGAACAUGGGCGCACCCGACGCUGUCCGUCGGCUGAGAGGCAGGGAGUCCCCGCAGGAGCAUAGCAGGCGGUCGUCGAACGACCUAUUCUUCGACGCUGUUGGCAAGGUCCCCACGGCCCCGCAGACUCCGUUGAGGCCGAGGAGCAUCAGCAUUGGUCCUGACGCAGAUGACAUGACAAGGCCGCCGCGUCCAUAUCAAUCCUAUGAUCCAUCCUCGUACCACUACCCCGGGACAGCGACCUCCCAACAUGGAUUGGAGCCCAUGUACGACUACCAGUACGCACCGCAGCAAUAUUUGGGACCGACUGCCAAUGGUGCUGGGGAUCAUUGGGCGCGCGGUGCGCCGCCUGCUCCGACUGUGGAAUAUUAUAUUCCUCCGUCACCUAGGAGCGGCCACAAUCCGUCGGCGCUGCCUCCCAGCCCGAGGAGACCCCAGCGCAACAUGCAACGGUCUGACCUUAGCCCUGUUGAUGGUGACGGAUACCCACGCUACUCGCCGUCCUCCUCGACGCGUCCUCACAUACCGCGCGGGUCGUCGUAUGAGCCGUCCGCCGUGGACGGUCGCAUGCCCUCGCACACAAACUCGAACAACAUGAUCAGCGAGAAGAACCAGCUGAACAUCGAGGCCAUCGAGUCGGGCAAGGACAUGCGGACGACGGUGAUGAUCAAGAACAUCCCGAACAAGAUGAGCGACAAGGACUUGUUGACGUUCAUUGCAAAGGUCUGCCCGCGUCGCAUCGAUUUCUUGUACCUGCGGAUGGACUUCCAGAACGGAUGCAACGUUGGAUAUGCGUUUGUCAACUUCAUCACCGUUGGAGACUUGCUGCACUUCGCGAGGACUCAGUUGGGAGUCAAGUGGAACAUGUACUCGAGCGAGAAGGUCCUCCAGAUGUGCUAUGCUACCUAUCAAGGCAAGGAGGCACUCGUUGAGAAGUUCAAGAACUCUUGCAUCAUGGAUGAGCGCGAGUCCUGGCGCCCCAAGAUCUUCUACUCUGACGGCCCGAACCAAGGCCUCUCGGAGCCCUUCCCGCCGCCGACGCAUCUCCGCAGGAAGGAAAGAAGCUCGCAUAACCGCGGCGCGUUGUUCGUUCCUGGGUCGAACUACCGGGGCGACAGGCGCGACGGGAACGGCGGCUCUACCUUGUACCACCACCGGCCUGAACCACCUCGUAUGGCUCAGCGCUAGGCCGACGUUGAGUUACCGUUCGGCUUCGCUCACUUUCUGCUGCGUUGCAAGUCGUCACUCGCUGCUCAUGCUCUUCUGGAGAAGCUCGCGCAACAGGUCGUAACUUCGCCUACACUCGUUGAUACCCCGUCGACCAUCGUCAGAAUUGCCUGCUCGCUUUCAUCUCGCUUUUUUCGACGCAAGUUCGGCCGUCCGUCCUCUCACGGACGGAAUAUUAGUACCACGCAGAUCACCUCGGCGAUCCGGCCUCCCUCGGUUGGCAGUCGUUCCGUCGCAGCGUGGCUCCCGCUGCAGCGCAGCCGGGUGGUUGUAUUGUUCCUCACCAGUCGUCGCACGUUCUUCCCCGCCCCUCAA